AUGGCUGACAUCUCAAUCCAGGCGGUCUACGCCAAGAGCGGUCCAAUGUCGGCGCCACUGUCGGCACCGACCGAACUCAUCUGGGUGGAGUCCUCUCCUGUCGACGGCCUCUCGGACGACAUGCUCGGUCGCAUCUUCAGCUACGUUACCAUUCGCGGCAGGCGCGUCGCGUCCACGUCAUCUCGUCCUGAUCACCGCGCCGCCUUCACUGAAGCCGGCCUCGCGUCGCUUUUCUCUUCCUGCCCGCGGCUCGAGUCCCUGGAGCUGCACUGCCCGCUAAAUCUGACCGCUCUUCCUCCGUCAAUCUGCGGGUUGACUCGCUUGACGGCGUUAAAAAUCACCGCUCGGGGACUAAAACGCCUUCCUGACGGAUUCCGUCAACUCUCCGUUCUCGUCAGUCUAUCAAUCGACUCAGAAGCUCUGGAGAAGCUUCCAACCGGCUUCGCGACGCACAUCGACGAAACUGCAGAGCCUUCCAUUCGACCAAACGAUUCGCGCAUCUCAGAUGCGUAUGCGAAUGCGAACGCCGCAGACGGAUCGCAGAACGUCGCUCGUCAGAAUAGUCACAUACUGCCUCAGGAUGAUAACUCUUCGAUGGUUACUUCGCUCGGCCCCCUCGCUUCUCUAUCCCUCUCGAACACUCCCUCCCCCGCACUUCCCCUCCCCACGCUCUCCGCCCUCCGCCACCUCUCCCUCGACCGCUGCCGCGCUCUCCGCGCUCUCCCCUCAUCCCUCCCCGCCGAGCUCCCCCUUCUCGAAACCCUCGAGCUGCGCGAAUGCGCCUUGCUUUCCGCCGUCCCCGCCUGCCUCCCCGCGCGCUUUUGCCGCCUCCGCGCGCUCACCCUCGCGUACCUCCCCUCCGUGCACACCCCUCUCCCCGCGCUCCUCUCUGCAUCCCGCCCGUCUGCUCCCGACGCAGCGGAGGAAGCGGCAAACGGUCAUUCCUGGGCAGUUUCGGAAGGGGGGGUACCUUGUAAGGAGGAUGCGAGGGAGAGCAGGGUGGGACGGGUCCGGCUGGAGCUACUCGAAUGGAAGCGGAUGCAGGAGAUUUUUGAGACGUCUCAAAAGGAGAGCAAGGUAGGACUGGCCCGUCUGGAGCUACUCGAAUGA